AUGAGCGUACAACACGUGCGCAAAUGGUGCAGAGAGGUCAAGAACGAGCUGUGUGAGGGGGUGUGUUUGCAUCCAGAUAACGCUCGACCGCACGCCGCUGACGCCACCAACGAGCUCAUCGCAAAAUUUGGUUGGAUUAUUGUCAAACACCCACCCUACAGCCCGGACUUAGCCCCAAGUGACUACCAUCUCUUCCCUGAUGGAGGGAUUGGAGGGGACACGCAUUUCGGCGACAGAGAAGAGCUGGAAGAAGCGGUUCUCAGGUAUCUGCGUGGCUUGGCAUGCAAAAACCGCAUACAAAAAUGCAUUGACCUCAGUGGGGACUAUGUAGCAAAAUAG